CAUCUGUAUCUAUAGAGAGAGAAACUCACUGUAGUGAGAGAAAGAAACACACACAUAUAUAGUGCAGCAACAACACAACACAACAGAGGUUUGCUUCAGUCAACGUGCCCCACCCCACCACCGGAUCUCCGCCACUUCACCGGAAUUUCAAGGUACCACAAAACACCAAACAAUGUGAAUUCAUUCUCACUGUAUUUUCACAUUCCCAUUAUUCUCAAUGCGAAUGAUUAUUCAAAGAUCCUAAUCAUGUUCAAUAAUCCCCCCAUCAUCAUCAUAUUAUUGUUAUUAUUGUUGUUCUUGUUUUUCAACCCAACAUUUGAACAACAACAACAAGGAAAACUAGCACCUGGGUUGGUCAGAUUUCGGGCAGAACGGGCAGCUCUGCUGCAACUUCGGUCAACAUUAGGGUUAAGAUCAAAACAAUGGCCUAUUAAAUCUAACCCAUGUGUAAAUUGGGUGGGUAUUUCAUGUCAAAACGGUAGUGUUAUUGGGAUUAAUAUUUCAGGGUUUAAGAGGACAAGAAUUGGUCACAAAAGCCCUCAAUUUGCUGUUGAUUCUCUUGCCAAUUUAACUAAUUUAAUCUUCUUUAAUGCUUCAAGAUUCGCCCUUCCCGGUUCAAUUCCUGAUGAUUUAGGGUUUGAUGUUCCGAAAAUUCAGGUUCUUGAUCUUAGGUUUUGUAACAUUUCUGGUGCUAUUCCUGUUAGUUUCGCAAACUUGUCGAAUCUUGUCGAGUUGUAUUUAUCCGGUAACGUCCUCACAGGCAGUAUUCCGGAGGAUUUAGGUCAGUUGUCGCGUCUUUCGGUUCUUGAUCUGUCGAAAAAUUUGCUCACCGGGUUGAUCCCGGAAUCUUUUGGAUCUUUGGUUAAUCUUACUUCGUUAGACAUGUCGUUAAACUACGUAUCCGGGGUGAUUCCGGGGUCUUUCGGUAACUUACCGAACUUACAGUUCUUGAAUCUUUCGGGUAACAGUCUUUCGUCUUCGAUACCUACAGAAUUAGGUAAUGUUACUAGUUUAUAUAUUCUUGAUCUGGGUUUCAAUUCGUUUAGCGGGAUACUGCCGGUAGAAUUCAGGAGGUUAACGAGCUUACGGAGAUUAAUCGUUGGGAAGAAUUUGCUUAACGGUAAUUUGUCGGGUGAUUUGUUUUCGUCUCAAAGUAAGUUGGAAACUUUGGUUUUGAAUCAUAAUAACUUCACCGGUGAUCUUCCUAACGAGUUAUGGUCACUUCCGAGCUUGAGUUUUCUCGACGCGUCUGGUAAUAACUUCACGGGUUCGUUACCGAAUCUCGAUCCGAAUGGUGGUUUGAGUAAUUUCACAUCUGGGGUGUUGAAUCUUUCACAUAAUAUGUUUUACGGGAACUUAACGCCUGUUUUGACGAGGUAUAACACAGUGGAUUUGUCUUAUAAUUACUUGCAAGGCAAGGUACCAGAUUACGCACGCGGGGUUGUUUCCUUAAACAGAAACUGCCUUCGAAACGCAACGAAUCAGAGAACCGUGGAACAAUGCGCAACGUUUUAUUCGUCAAAGGGUAUACGGUUUGAUAAUUUCGGGCUGCCAAACGGCACGUUGCCGCCGCCUCGUGAUCAUAAAAGCAACAAAAAGUGGAUCAUAUUGGCGGCGGUUUUGGGCGGUGUUGGGCUCGUUAUACUUCUGGCAAUCAUUGUGUUACUGACGAUUGUAUGCUGUCGGAAAAGACCUACGACUAGUCAACGAGGAACAGGGGUGGGGCCCGCCCCGACCGCCGCAGCGCCGCCACCUCAAGGAGCGGCAGCGUUGGAUCUAUCGAAUUUGGGAGACACGUUCACGUAUAAGCAGAUUCUCGCAGCUACCGGUGACUUUAGUUCCGAAAAUUUGAUCAAACAUGGUCAUUCGGGUGAUCUUUAUAAGGGUGUUCUUGAUGGUGGUAUACCCGUAGUUAUUAAACGAUUUGAUGUGGGGUCCGGGAAGGAGGAUGGGUACAUGGUGGAAUUGGAUUUUUUUAGCAAGGUGGCGCAUUCUCGAUUAGUGCCGCUUUUGGGACAUUGUUUGGAAAACGAGAAUGCAAAGUUUUUUAUCUAUAACUACAUGCCGAAUGGUGAUCUGUCGAGUUCUUUGUAUAGGGUAAGUGAUCAAGAUGACGAUAGUUUACAGUCGUUGGAUUGGAUUACGAGAUUGAAAAUUGCGUUAGGAGCUGCAGAAGUGCUUUCUUUCCUUCAUCAUGAAUGUAACCCGCCCCUCGUUCACAGAGAUGUUCAAGCUAGCAGUAUACUUCUUGAUGACAAAUAUGAGGUGCGGUUAGGGAGCUUAAGUGAAGUGUGCGUUCAAGAAGGCGACAGUCAUUCAAGUCGGUUCACUAGGUUGCUCAGAUUACCGCAGACGUCUGAACAAGGUGCUUCUGGGCAAGCCACCGCCACAUGCGCGUAUGACGUUUACUGUUUCGGGAAGGUAUUACUGGAGCUUGUAACGGGGAAAAUGGGAAUCAGUGCAUCAAACGAUUCAACAACAAAAGAGUUGCUAGAAGGAAUACUUCCGUAUAUUAACAUAUACGACAAAGAACUCGUGACAAAUAUCGUGGACCCCUCGUUAAUCAUAGACGAAGAUUUGUUAGAAGAAGUGUGGGCCAUGGCUGUUGUUGCUAGAUCUUGUCUCAACCCGAAGCCCGCCAGAAGACCGCUAAUGAGAUAUGUUUUUAAAGCUUUAGAAAACCCUUUGAAGGUGGUUAGAGAAGAAAGUGGAAGCUCAGCUAGGUUACGUACACCGUCUUCUAGGGGUUCUUGGAAUGCUGCUUUGUUUAGUAGCUGGCGGCAGCAGAGUUCUGCUGACGUAGUGACAGCAGCAGGACCCAGUAGUCUUAAGCGGUCAGGGACGAGCGGAUCCCAGUCGGGGAGUGGUGGUCAUAAUGGCGGUGGAGAUCAUUCUUCUUCAAACCGAAAGCAAUCAAAGGAUGUGUUUCCCGAACCGUUGGAUGCGCAAGAUGAGUAUUAAUGGACAGAUUGAUUCUUUGUUAAUAAUGCAUCUAAGUACACCCCACCCCCAACCCACCAUGGCAGGUAAAAGUUGAAGUUGUUGAUGAUGAUGAUGAUACAGAAAAAAGAUUAUUUGUUUUCUUUGAUAGAGACGUCGAAUUGCAAUAUAGAAAGAUAGAAAACCCGGUUUUGUUGUUUAUGGUGGGUGUUUUUUUCUUUUGUGGAAUUGUAAAUUGUAAUGGAUCUUGUUUUCAUCCGUUUUUGGAUAGAAACAAAUUGAGAUAAUUUAUGGGGGUUUCUUUAA